CAAGUUCCCACUGUGGCUAGAACAGCAUGGCGGGGAGGCUCCUGUGGAAGCGGGCCCAGGAAGCAGCAGUGAUCCUUGGAGGUGGAGGCCUGAUCUUCACCUCCUACCUGACAGCAGUAGGAGAUGAGCACUUCUAUUCCCAGUACUUGAUGCCUGUGUUACAGAGGCUGGUAGACCCAGAGCUGGCUCACAAGCUCACCAUUCGCUGUAUCGCAAUGGGACUCCUCCCACGCUCAGCCCUCCCAGAUUCCAGCAUGCUGGAAGUACGGGUCCUGGGCCGUAGAUUCCGAAAUCCUGUGGGAAUGGCUGCAGGCUUUGACAAGAAUGGGGAAGCAGUGGAUGGACUUUAUAAGAUGGGCUUUGGUUUUGUUGAGGUAGGAAGUGUUACCCCAAAACCUCAAGAGGGAAACCCUAAACCCAGAGUCUUCCGGCUUCCAGAAGAUCAGGCUGUUAUUAAUAGAUAUGGAUUCAACAGUCAUGGACUCUCAGCGGUGGAGCACCGGUUACGGGCUCGACAACAAAAGCAAGCUAAGCUCACUGAAGAUGGGAUGCCACUGGGAAUCAACUUGGGAAAGAACAAGAGCUCCUUAGAUGCAGCAGCUGAUUAUGUAGAAGGAGUUCGAGUGAUGGGACCCUUGGCAGAUUACCUGGUGGUGAAUGUUUCCAGUCCUAAUACUGCUGGACUGAGGAAUCUACAGGGAAAAGAUGAAUUACGCCAACUGCUAACCAAGGUGCUGAAGGAGAGGGAUGCCUUGCAGGGUGGACAUAAGCCAGCCGUACUGGUGAAAAUUGCCCCGGAUCUCACAACCCAGGAGAAGAAGGAGAUAGCCAGUGUGGUCAAGGAGCUAGGCAUUGACGGGUUGAUAAUCACCAACACAACUGUCAGCCGCCCUGCCAGCCUUCAGGGUGCACUUCGAUCUGAAGUAGGAGGACUGAGUGGGAGGCCCCUCCGAGACUUAGCGACACAGACUGUGAGUGAGAUGUACUUACUCACCCAAGGAAAAAUUCCCAUAAUUGGAGUUGGUGGGAUUAGCAGUGGGCAAGAUGCGCUGGAGAAGAUCCGAGCUGGUGCCUCCUUGGUCCAGAUGUACACGGCAUUUACCUACGGGGGACCACCAGUGGUCAGGAAAGUCAAGCGGGAGUUAGAGGCCCUUCUGAAAGAGCAGGGCUUCAGUCAACUCACAGAUGCAAUUGGAGCAGAUCAUCGGAGGUGAGCAAAUUUUUCUUUGUGGAAUGCAAAGCCGUGAUCUUCAUGGAUGGAAAGAAUCUGCCUUAAAAUACAUCGAUCAUAUCACAGGAGACUUGAUUCUGUGACUUGCCUGGAUUGUAAAGGACAAUGACAUAGGCCUCAUGUCCUCAGAGGACUUUCCUUUGUGGCCCGCUUUGACUUUAAGCCUCAAUCAUGAUUCUUCUAAAUUAAAGCCCCAAGAUCAUUUAUUGUGAACAUCCUGUACAUAAGAAAACUAUUUUGAAGUAAAGUCAUGUAAGGUUUAUGAUUAAAA